GGGCGGACUGACCUUUCGAGCACUCGAGCACUGCCUGAGGGCCCGGGGUCAGUAGGGGGCCCCAUGAAAUGCCCCUGGUACCUUUUUCAUAGGCUUUUUUGUGUGCUUUUUUGAGUUUGGGCAAGGACACAGGGGCCCCAUGAUCCCCUAUUGUCCGGGGGCCCCAUGAGUUGUCAGUCCGCCCCUGGUUAAAAGGUUAAUGAACAAGCCAUAGUAAAAUGUCAGUCAUAGAGAUUUCUCAGGCCACAUGUCAAACAAAUACAUUCAAAAAGCUAUGUAUA